UCUCUGCUCUGGUGGUUUUGGGGUGAAGUCUUCACUCUGUGCUGCACCGUCCCGAAGCUGGGGACACAUUGACACAAGGAGUCCCCUGUAACCCUGCAAGGCGGCAGAUGGGGACAUGGACCAGGUUGGGGGGGACAUGAACCGGGAGGAGACAUGGGGUAACUGGGAUCCCGCACCAGCUGGACUCAGGGCAGGGUACUGACCCCCAGCCCAGCUCCACAGUGGCCAAACCUCCGGGUAUAAGCCUCUGUCCAUGUGUCCAUCUGUCUGUCCGCAGGGCAAAUGCCAUAGGAUGACCGCUGCUGGUCCCCUCUUACUGGCUGUGAUAUCGUCUGUCCUGUGGCUCACGCGGGGCUUCGACCCGGCUCCCAGUGCCUGCUCCGCCCUGGCCUCCGGCGUCCUCUACGGCUCCUUCUCCCUCAAGGACCUGUUCCCCACCAUCUCCUCCGGCUGCUCCUGGACCCUGGAGAACCCCGACCCCACCAAGUACUCGCUCUACCUCCGCUUCAACCGGGAGGAGCAGGUCUGCACCCACUUCUCGCCCAUGGUGCUGCCCCUCGACCACUACCUGGCCAACUACACCUGCGACCCCCGGGGCGAGGCCAGCCCCGUGCCCGUGCAGCCCCCGGAGCAGCAGCAGGAGGAGGAGGAGGAUGAGGAAGCCGAGCUGGAGCUGUGUGAGGGCGCGGGGCCCUUCACCUUCCUGCACUUCGACAAGAACUUCGUCCAGCUGUGCCUGGCAGCCGAACCCGAGGCGGCCCCGCGGCUGCUGGAGCCACAAGCGCUGGAAUUCCGCUUCGUGGAGGUGCUGCUCAUCAACAACAACAACUCCAGCCAGUUCACCUGCAGCGUGCUGUGCCGCUGGCUCGAGGAGUGCCUGCAGGCUCCCGGUGCUCGCCGCUGUGGCUUCACCCACCCCGUGCCCACCCCGGUGCCCGCCGCCCCCGACUGCUGCCCCACUGAGCUGCAUUCUGCGAAUGCCAACGAGCUCGACCUGCCCGAGGUGCCACACGGCAAUGCGGUUGAGGAGAACCAGAAGGUGAAGACCCAGUGGCCACGGUCAGCGGAUGAACCCGGGGUCUACAUGGCCCAGACAGGGGACCCUGCGGCGGAGGAGUGGUCGCAGUGGAGCGUGUGCUCCCUGACGUGCGGCCAGGGCUCCCAGGUGCGGACGCGCUCCUGUGUCUCCUCUCCCUACGGGACGCUGUGCAGCGGGCUGCUCCGGGAGACCCGCACCUGCAACAACACGGCCACCUGCCCAGUUCCCGGUGCGUGGGAGGAGUGGUCCCCGUGGAGCCUGUGCUCGGUGACCUGCGGGCGAGGGGCCAGGACCAGGACACGGCACUGCGUGGCCGCGCGGCACCGAGGGAAGGCCUGCGAGGGCCCCGAGCUGCAGGCCAAGCCCUGCAAUAUCGCGAUCUGCCCGGUGGAAGGGCAGUGGCUGGAGUGGGGCGCCUGGAGCCGCUGCUCCGUCACCUGUGCCAAUNGGCGCUGGGGACCCGUCGCAGACAGCAAAUGGGGUCCCUGGAACCACUGGAGCCUCUGCUCCAAGACCUGUGACACCGGCUGGCAGCGGCGCUUCCGCAUGUGCGAGGGCACGGGCAUGCAGGGCUACCCUUGCGAGGGCACCGGCGAGGAGGUGAAGACCUGCAAUGAGAAGAAGUGCCCAGCCUACCACGAGAUGUGCAAGGAUGAGUAUGUGAUGCUGAUGACCUGGAAGAAAACGGCUGCCGGGGAGAUCAUCUACAACAAAUGUCCCCCCAAUGCCACAGGGACUGCCAGCCGCCGGUGCCUGCUGAGCCCCCAUGGGGUCGCCUAUUGGGGUGUGCCCAGCUUUGCCCGCUGCGUCUCCCACGAGUACAGAUACUUGCAUCUCUCACUGCGGGAGCACCUGGCGAAGGGCCAGCGGGUGCUGGCAGGGGAGGGAAUGUCCCAGGUGGUGCGGAGCCUGCUGGAGCUCAUGGCCCGCAAGACCUACUACAGCGGCGACCUGCUCUUCUCCGUGGACAUCCUGCGCAACGUCACCGACACCUUCAAGAGGGCCACCUACAUCCCGUCCUCCGAGGACGUGCAGCGCUUCUUCCAGGUGGUGAGCUACAUGGUGGAUGUGGAGAACCGAGAUAAGUGGGAGGAUGCCCAGCAGGUCUCUCCCGGCUCCGUGCACCUGAUGAAAGUGGUGGAGGACUUCAUCCACCUGGUCGGGAAUGCGCUGAAGGCUUUCCAGAGCUCCCUCAUUGUCACUGACAACCUGGUGACCAGCAUCCAGCGGGAGCCCGUGUCCGCCGUGUCCAGCGACAUCAACUUCCCCAUGAAGGGGCGGCGGGGGAUGAAGGACUGGGCCCGCAGCUCUGAGGACAAGCUCUUCAUCCCCAGGGAGGUGCUGAGCCUCACCUCAGCCGAAGCCGAGGAGUCGUCGCACUUCGUCAUCGGGGCAGUGCUGUACCGCACGCUGGGGCUCAUCCUGCCCCCGCCCAGGAGCCCCCUGGCCGUCACCUCCAAGGUGCUGACGGUGACGGUGCGCCCGCCGACGCGGCCCGCAGAGCCACUCGUGCUGGUGGAGCUCUCCCACAUCAUCAACGGCACGUCCCACCCGCAGUGUGUCACCUGGGACUACUCGAGGACCCCGGGGCAGCCUCGCCCCGCGGGCUCACCCCGGCCCCUCUCUCCCUGCGCCAGGGCAUCGCUGUGGAGCUCCUGCGUGGUCCUGCCUCUGCUGGCGCUGACCUGGAUGUCGGCCGUGCUCGCCAUGACCGACCGGCGCUCCAUCCUCUUCCAGGUCCUCUUCGCCGUCUUCAACUCCGUCCAGGGCUUCGUCAUCAUCACCGUGCACGGCUUCCUGCGCCGAGAGGUCCAGGACGUGGUGAAGUGUCAGAUGGGGGGGUGCAGGAGCGAGGAGAAUGAAAACUCGCCCGACUCCUGCAAGAACGGGCAGGUGCAGAUCCUGACAGAUUUUGAAAAGGACGUUGACCUGGCAUGUCAGACAGUGCUGUUCAAAGAGGUGAACACCUGCAACCCCGCCACCAUCACGGGCACCUUGUCCCGCAUCUCCCUGGACGGGGACGAAGACCCCAAGCUCAACACUACCUCGGAAGGUGGCCUGGGCUUCUCCAGCCUGCCGGGGAACAUUCCCCCCGCCAGCAUCCUGGUGCAGGUGCCCAAGAUGACGCCCAACGUGGUGGCGGGUCUGACGGAGCUGGGCGAGCCGCCGGCGCAGCAGCUCAGCCUGGAGGCGCCGGGUCCCGUUUACCUGUGCACGGAGAGCAGCCUGCGGCCCCUGGAAUACGGCUGGAUCCGGGCCCCCGAGCCCCCCCGCGAGAGCGAUUACAUGAUGCUGCCCCGCCGCACCGGCAGCCUCAAGCCCUUCCCCCGGGACGAGGGGACGCUCGGUGCCGGCGCAGAGGAGACGGUGCCCGGUGGGACGGGGCGCCCGGCAGCCGAAGGGGACGCUUACCCCGGUUUUGUGGCCGUGGAUCACGUCAACGUGAACCUGAACCAGCCCUACGCGACGGUGAAGGCUCCCUACGGCCUCCAGUUCAAGCAGCAUCCCACGGUGAGGCAGAUCCUGGCCUCGGAGCUGUCGGAGCGCAGCCGCACCAUGCCCCGAACCGUGCCCGGCUCUGCCAUGAAAGUGGGGUCCCUGGAGAGGAAGAGGUUGCGGUACUCUGACCUGGACUUCGAGAAGGUGAUGCACACACGGAAACGCCACUCUGAGCUCUACCACGAGCUCAACCAGAAAUUCCACACGCUGGACCGGUACCGGGCUUCGUCCACCGGCUCCUCCAAGCGAGAAAAGCGGUGGAGCGUCUCGUCGGGCGGCGGGGACAAGAGCACAGGCAACGAUGUGACCGGCCCCGAGGAGCAGCAGCCGUGCGGGCCCUGA